GCGCGCCGUUCCCGCCGGGAGGGCGGAGAGACCGGGAGCGGCAGCCUGGCAGGGGCCGAGUGUCCCCCGCGGUGGGGAGGGGAUAGCGGAACGGACCCGGAGGACAUGGAGGGCGAAGGGGCCCCUUCGUGGCGGGGUCCCGGCGGGGGCGGCGGGGUGAUCCGCGAACUGUGCCGCUCCUUCGGCCACUACAACCGGCACCUGGCGCGGCUGCAGCACAACCUGCGCGAAACCAAGAAGUUCUUCCGCGACGUCAAGUACUCCCAGGGGCACCCCUUCUCCUCAGCGGCGAUCGGCGAGGGCCUCCCCGCCGGGACUGGGGACGGGGCCUCCCGGGACGGUCCCGCACCCGGCGGGCAGAAUUUCAUUUCCUUCCCUCGCCAUGAGGAAGAGCAUCUCCAGCGGACUGUGAGCUGGCACCCUUGCCUUCUGAUUCUUGGCCAGAACUGUAAUGCCAAAUGCCAGUUACUCAACAUACUGCUGGGUGAUAAGCUGCUCCCUACCACCAAAAUCAGCAAUGAGGAGAAUUGUAAGAGGCGACGGAUCCGUUUCACGCAUGGGACACAAACACGGAUUAGCCUAGCGCUGCCUGAGCAGUAUGAACUGGUUCAUAUGAUGGCAGCCCAUCGAGGGCACUGGGACACGAUACCAGAGGAGGACUUAGAAAUUCAGGGGGACAGUGAAGAUCCUGCUCACCGGAUAGCGGAGCUGGAGGUCAUGCUGCCGUACUCACUACUAAAGGAAGUGGAUGUUGUGGUAGCACCAUGUCGUGGAUUCCAGUCUGCUGAAGCCACCUUGGGAGAGUACGUGAACCAAGUCUUGCCUGUUGUCAUCUUUGCCAUCAGCGAGGCUGAACUUUCCUCAUCGGAUGAGAAUGAACUGCGCGAAAUCAAAGAGAAAUUCUCUUUGCCCAUUUUCUUCUUCAAAGUGCCAGAAUCGGGGGUUGAGCUGAUCUCACCCAAAAACACUGAGAAUGAAAAGUCUUCCCUUUACUGCCAGCUGAUGGACUUGGAGUACCUGAGUACCAACCACUGCAGCUGUGGGGCACCCGGUCCGGACGCUGAUGCCCAAAGCAUGCUGGUGGAGCAGUUUGAGAAGCUCCGUCUCCUAAGCACUUUUUCUAGGCAGGUGCUUCAGAAGCAUCUUGUGGAAGCAGCUACCAGUUUAAAUGAGGUACACUGCCGCUGCCUGAACAUCUUCAUCAAUCAGGCUUUCGACAUGCAGCGAGACCUGCAAAUCACCCCCAAGAGGCUGGAGUAUACCCGCAAGAAGGAGAACGAGCUCUAUGAGUCUCUGAUGAACAUUGCCAACCGCAAACAAGAGGAGAUGAAGGACAUGAUCAUAGAGACUCUUAGUAAUAUGAAAGAGGAGCUCUUGGAGGAUGCUGCUAAUAUGGAAUUCAAAGAUAUCAUCAUUCCUGAGAAUGGGGAACCUGUUAGUUCCAAGGACAUCAAGUGUUGUAUUAAGCAAAUUCAGGAACUGAUUAUUUCUCGGUUAAACCAAGCAGUUGCCAACAAGUUAAUUAGUUCAGUGGACUAUCUGCGAGAGAGCUUUGUAGGGACUCUGGAGAGAUGUCUGAAGAGCCUGGAGGAGUCUUGGGAGGUUUCAGUACAUCCUGCAAGGAGUUUGGAGAAGUCAAAGGAUGUUUCUGUGCACAUCACAAGCAAUUAUCUUAAACAGAUACUAAAUGCAGCCUAUCAUGUUGAAGUCACUUUCCACUCUGGCUCAACAGUAACCAGGAUGCUGUGGGAACAGAUCAAACAGAUAAUCCAGCGGAUUACAUGGGUCAGCCCGCCUGCCAUCACCAGUGACUGGAAGAGGAAAGUUGCUCAGGAUGCUAUUGAGAGCCUCAGUGCCUCCAAGUUAGCCAAGAGCAUUUGCAGCCAGUUCCGGACCAGGCUAAACAGUUCCCAUGAGGCUUUUGCAGCUUCUCUGCGACAGUUAGAAGAUGGCCAUUCUGGCAGGCUGGAGAAAACAGAAGACCUGUGGUUGAAGGUGCGGAAAGAUCAUGCUCCUCGACUAGCACGACUCUCGCUGGAGAGCAGGUCCCUCCAGGAUGUGCUGUUACAUGGCAAACCGAAGUUGGGCCGUGAGCUGGGCCGAGGACAGUAUGGCGUGGUCUAUCUGUGUGACAGCUGGGGAGGGCAUUUCCCAUGUGCACUGAAAUCUGUUGUUCCUCCGGAUGAGAAGCACUGGAAUGACCUUGCACUUGAGUUUCACUAUAUGAGGUCUCUGCAGACACACGAGCGGCUCGUACAUCUCCAUGGUUCUGUGAUAGAUUAUGGCUAUGGAGGAGGCUCCAGCAUUGCUGUCUUACUGAUAAUGGAACGGUUGCACAGAGACCUCUAUACAGGACUAAAGGCUGGGCUAGAAUUAGAAACACGAUUACAGAUUGCCUUGGAUGUAGUUGAAGGGAUCCGUUAUCUUCACAGUCAGGGACUUGUGCACCGGGAUAUCAAACUUAAAAAUGUCUUGCUUGACAAAAAGAAUCGAGCCAAAAUCACUGACUUGGGGUUCUGCAAACCAGAAGCCAUGAUGUCUGGCAGUAUUGUAGGCACACCCAUUCAUAUGGCUCCUGAGCUCUUUACAGGAAAGUAUGAUAACUCAGUGGAUGUUUAUGCAUUUGGCAUUCUGUUUUGGUACAUUUGUUCGGGACAUGUGAAGUUACCGGAGGCUUUUGAGAGAUGUGCAAGCAAAGAUCACCUUUGGAACAAUGUUAGAAGAGGAGUUCGCCCGGAGCGUCUUCCUGUGUUUGAUGAGGAAUGCUGGCAGCUGAUGGAAGCCUGCUGGGAUGGAGACUCCUCCCAGCGCCCUCUCUUAGGGAUUGUUCAACCUAUGCUGCAGGGGAUCAUGGACAGGCUCUGCAAGUCAAGCUCUGAGCACCCAAAUAAAGGGUUGGAUGACUCUACUUGAAAAGGAAGCACAGAAGAAUUUUUAAUUGUGGGAGAGUUCUGAACCCCUAAGUCUGCAGAUGGCUUCUUCAGAUGUAGCUCUUUGUGGCUAACAUGAGUGGGACAGGUAAUAGCAACCAGAAGAUUGCUCGUAGAGGUGAGACCUCGGGGAUGUUCCAUCUUGAAUAGCGGCCAGAGAAAUCUCCCCCGGUACACCCCACUGAUGCUAGUUACCCCGCUGCAGCUUUUAUUGUGGAGUUGUGCAAAUACGAUAGAAACUCCAUGCCCUUGAACUGAAAGGGAUUUUUGCCAAUCCCACACAAAUACCAAUCAAUGAAAAAGCAUCUUGUGUGUUCCAGGUAGCAUCUGUGUCACUAGGAGUUGAUCAUGACAGUCUUUACUCAGUAAAGUAAAAACCCUUCCCAUUAACUGAUGGUCCUAGGUGGCCUUCGGUCCACACACAACUAUCCCAAUCACUUAUCGAUUGGCACCAGUUACAGUGCGGUCGGAGAGGAAGGAGAAAGCAGAGGCUGUAGGCUAGAAAGUGUUUGGAAGCUAAGAGCAUCUAUCUGUAUUAGCUUCUUGCAACACUCAAAAUGUUUACAUUGACAGGAGCAAAGCUUCCAUGUUUUACCUAAGGGGGUUUAUCUACUGUUCCACUGCAGUGCAAAUACCCCACGUUAUAAGCUAUUUAUCUCUUAUGUAUCCUUCACCUCUUACUUCUGUAAACAAACUCCUUUUUCUGGUAAUUUUGCUUCAUAAUAGUUAUUUGAAUGUCUGAAGAAACCUGACCUUUCUUUUACAGUCUUCUGGUAAAAUGGAAGACUGCUCAGAGAUUACAUAUUGUAAUACCAAAACAAAGUCAUUACAACUAAUGACUGUCCAUGGGGAAAAUGCCAAUUCAUUUUAAUUAAAUUUGGGUUUUGAAUUAGUUCUAAAGGCAAUGACAGUUUUAAAUUGUGCUAACUAUGACGGACAUAUUUUUAAAAAUAAGGUUUCUUCAGCUUUUUUUUUUAAAGUCACAUGCUUGGUGAGAGCAUACUCAAGGGAAAACAGGUCAUUCAUUCUUCUUCAGUAGCUGUGUAUUGUGGCUGUGUCCGUUCAUCUGAUUGUUUCACUCUGGGAUCUCUAAUUUGGCUGUAUUGAAAAGAAUAAAAAAUGGGGGGGAGGGAAACCUUUGCAAGGAAGACUGGGCUGGGGUGGUCCCGCUGCCCUUUCCAGGAGAGGGGUGAAAAUCAUGUCCUUGCCUUUUGCAUUUCUGGGCCAAGGUUGGUUGAUCUGUAAUGUAAUAUACCUAUGGGGUGGAGGCUGAAAUAGAAAAUGCACCUUCUUUACUACAUGAGGAAAUAACUGAGUUGGCAAGUUCUCCCUGGGUUUACUGUUGCUCCCAGCUGCAGGGGACGGGCAUGCAGUGGCUUUGUUUCCCAGGAAAGCUAGCAUGCUGCAUCCAAAGUAGCGUAGGCAUGUGGAAUUACUGCACCUUGUUGCUGGAAUUUAUUGGCUAGUACACAGCAAAAUUACAACCGAUAGUCUGCCUGUUAAACAGCUUGAACAAAGGAAAGGGAUACAUAACCCUACAGUAUUAGUUUAGUUUAAAUCUUCCUUUGUGCAAUAAACAGAAUUAAUGCUUUUUUUAUAUACAAAAGACUUUUUUUACUUACCUGCACGUGUGGGCAUUUUUGUGCUCUGUGAUGGCAUUAACAUAAGGUUCUACACAGAUACAGCCUCGCCAGCUGCUCCAGCUGGAAGUGCAGCAACCAAGAACCACAUGCGCAGAAGAACGAAUACUUUUCCAAAGUAGAAUCGUUAGGCGUUUCACUGCCUCGGUGCACGCUCACGCCACCAAUGACACUAACAGUAUUAACUCUGUUCUGCUGUGUGUGGUGGUUAGUAACCUUAUUUAAAACUAUAGGAGAGUCAAGGUCAGUCUCUUGCAAUUAAUAGAAGUAGCUUGUGUAAAUAAUAAAUGUAUGAAUAAAAUUUAAAUCUCUGUAUAUGCAA